UAUAAAUACAAAUAUGACACAACUAGUUUUACUUGCUCUUCAGGCUGGACAGUGUGAAUUAAAAAACACAGCAACAAAGGCUGAUACGAAAGGAUGAAGACUAUUGUGAUUCUUUCUCUGGCUGUUUUUACAGGUUGCCAAAUUGGUCUUAUUUAUGCUGAGGAGACCAAUCCACAUCUGGAACACUUAAAAGAUUUGUUCUGGAGCUACAUUGCCCAAGCAACACACACCACUGACAAAACAGCAGAGAAGAUCAACGAACCCCAGCUUGGACAGGAUGUCAGUACCAGCCCAACACAGGACUCUGAUCAGUAUAUCACCAUCAUAAAGAAUCACAUGGACGUAGUGGCUAAAGAGUGGAUGAGCAAUGUCGCUAAAGAGGCUGAAGUUUUAAAAGAACUUCUGGAGCAAGAUCUGAUGACAUUGAAAGACCAACUAGAGUCCUACGCUGAUAACAUCAAGAGCCAAAUACAGCAGAGAGUUGAGGAGCUCGGGGCCGCCAUGACUCCAUAUGCAGAUUCCCUUCAUUCUGAGACCUUAAAUGACACUCUGCUCCAGACAAGUGAGGAGCUGAAGAGCAAAGCGUGAAGGAGGGGUAGUCUAAGCUGGAGCCCACUGAUAUCAAAGAAAAAGUGGAAAGUGGCUCACAAUAAACUUGAACAUUUAGGUUGCUUCAGUUUUUCCAAAUUUCUUGACAUUUUUAAACUUAACAAAAAAUAAUGUCCUGUAUGUUUACAAAUGUUGUGUUUCUGGGUUUUUUCUUAAUAAAGCAACAAU